AUUUUACAGGGGGAUUAACAAGACUUUUUAUACUCAUUUAGCUGAAACAAAUCUAACAAAAACAAAAUGCCUCUAAGUGCAGACAUAUCUACAGCUCUUCAUUUAUUGGAGCAUGUUCAAGAAAGAGUGGAAGAUUGCAAUGAUCCUAAACUACAAAUGCAUACAACUCAAGAUAUAAAAUCUUUAAUUUCUCUUCUUGAAGAUCCUGUAUUCCGUAGCAUAGUGACAAUCCAAGAUUCUUUGAUCGAACUAAACUCUCAACUGGGACAACAUCCAUCUAUUAUCCCUGGAGAUUUUGACAUUAAUAUCAGUGGACAACUGGAACUUUCUGUUCCCAGUACACCAGUGCAACCACUUGGAUCAAAUGUAUAUCAAGAUUUAUAUCAAGAUAGUAGUGAAUUAGAAGAUCAAAGGGUUCCAGUUGUUCCAUUGGUGCAUAGUAGCAGUGAAGAUACUAGCGCUCAGGUUACAAGCCCAAGUCUUGUAUCAGAGGUUAUGGGAAUGCCCCCAAUUACAACAACGACAUAUGUUAAAGAAUUCAAGAAAGUUAUUGAAGCUGCAGCAAGAGGGCGUCAGAUAUUUACUGUGCAGUUGUAUAAACCAGAAGGUACCAGUCUGGGAUUCAGUGUGGUUGGUCUUCGCAGUAAGGAUAAAGGAGAGCUGGGUAUAUUCUUGCAGGAGAUACAACCAAAUGGGAUAGCUGGUUGUGAUGGCCGACUGGUAGAGGGAGAUCAGAUAUUGGCGAUAGAUGGACAACCACUAGACUCGAACAUCUCUCAUGAGCAGGCAAUCUCGAUCCUUCAGAAGGCACGUGGUCUGGUUGAGUUGGUCGUAGCAAGAAGCGCCCAAGACGUUGGGAGCUCUUUGCCGACGGAUGAGUUGUCCGGGGCCUCGAGUUCGACAGCGGCCGCGGGAGCAGGUGUGUCCAUCAUCGGCGGCGUUGUCGGCGGGACGACGAACCAGGCUAGCUCCGACAAGGAUCAAUCGGUGUCCACGUCGUCCGUCGUCACACCAGCACCGACCCCGAAGUCCAGCCAGCCUGCGAGCACCACCUCGGCGGCUACACCGACCCCGACACCGCCGACCUCAACCCCGGUACCUGGAGGUCUCGUUGUCGAAAGGAGCCCCUCCGCCGUCAGCGACGCCUCCAAGAGUGGCUCUGACAUGGUGCUGAACACGGAAUGGGCUCAAGUUGAAGUUAUAAAUCUGAUCAACGAUGGCAGCGGUCUUGGAUUCGGAAUCGUCGGUGGACGAAGCACCGGUGUUGUCGUCAAGACGAUACUUCCGGGAGGUGUCGCCGAUCGAGAUAAUCGGCUGCAAAGCGGGGACCAUAUAUUGCAAAUCGGAGAUGUCAAUCUGCGGGGAAUGGGAAGUGAACAGGUUGCGGCAGUUCUGCGACAAUCCGGCACACAUGUGCGGCUCGUUGUCGCGCGACCUGUGGAACCAACGUCGCCGGAUUACCAGGCACUCGGCAGCCACGCUCCGAUCGUACCGACGAAGAUUCUGGGUGACCCCGACGAGCUGGACCGCCACCUGGUGCACGGCGUGCCGGAGACGCACAGCAUGCGCCACGUGCAGCCGGACAACGCGUACGACAAUGGCUACAUGUACUCUCAGGAAUCCGACGUCGAGAUGCACGCAAGACCAGGUCUCAUCAUGGACGUAGUACGCAAUCCAAUGCCAAUUGGAGCGAUGCCAGUGAUACCGACGGUUCCGGUGCAGAUCCCGGAGCUUCCGGUGCUCACUAUGGACACCAUUGAUGUUAAUUCACUGCCAGAAAUGGAACGGUUCACCGUCGAGCUUAAGAAGGACAUUUACGGCCUCGGGAUCACCAUCGCUGGAUACGUGUGCGAGAAAGAGGAGCUCUCUGGUAUCUUCGUGAAGAGCAUCAGCGAGGGCAGUGCUGCGGAUCUGAGCAACAAGAUCCAAAUAAACGAUAGAAUAGUGGAGGUGGACGGUCAUUCUUUACAGGGUUACUCAAAUCACGAGGCCGUCGAGGUAUUAAGACGCACUGGACAAACGGUUGUCCUAUGCUUGGAGAGAUAUCUACGUGGACCAAAGUACGAUCAGCUUCAACAAGCAAUUGCGGCCAGUGAACUGAGACUACCUCAACCGAGCUCUCCAUCAAUCACCAGUUUGCCAAGCUUUCCAAUUAGCGCGGAUGGGGAAACUACCACUGAAAUAGAACCAGAAGGAGAGUCUCACACCACUGUGGACAGCGCAGUUCUCCAAGAGGGUGAGCGCGAAAGAGCCUCAGAGGAAUUUGACGACGCGGCCAAUGUGGAAGCUCUGCUGAGCGACCCAUCCAGCGAGCUUACGCCUCAGAUUCGUGCCGCCAUUAAGGCCAAAUGGCAGAAGAUCGUGGGCCCAGACACGGAAAUUGUGGUAGCACAAUUGAAGAAGUUCGCAGAAGGCAGUGGUCUUGGAAUAAGCCUGGAAGGGACGGUGGACGUGGAGAACGGGCAGGAAGUGCGACCGCAUCAUUACAUACGAUCGAUCCUUCCGGAAGGACCCGUAGGACAAAAUGGAACGCUACGUUCCGGGGACGAAUUGCUGGAGGUGAACGGCUAUCGACUACUCGGCAUCAACCAUAUGGAAGUAGUUAGCGUGCUAAAGGAAUUACCCAUACACGUUCGAAUGGUAUGCGGAAGGAAUAUCGCCUCACAGGAUCCCCUGUGCCCCAUUGAUACUGCUCAACACCAGGCUGCGUUUCAAACCAGAAGCAUCCUUGGAGGAUCACUACAGAAUUUAUUGCCAACGAUGGACCGUCUGGUAAAGGCCAAGUCUGAUGGCUCUUUGGCGUCAACGACGACCACAGCCACGGUGACUGAUGCUAGCUUGAAUAAGAUGAAGUCACGAUCUCUGGAACCGUUGACAGGUCUAGCAAUGUGGAGCUCCGAGCCGCAGAUAAUAGAACUGGUAAAGGGAGAACGGGGCCUUGGGUUCUCCAUUUUGGAUUAUCAGGAUCCAAUGAACCCCAAUGAGACUGUGAUAGUAAUAAGAUCGCUGGUACCCGGUGGCGUGGCUCAGGUGGAUGGCCAACUGAUACCUGGCGAUCGUCUUCUAUUCGUCAACGAUAUAGCCCUGGAGAACGCGACGCUGGACCAGGCUGUGCAGGCACUGAAAGGCGCCCCUAAAGGCACCGUACGCAUCGGCGUGGCGAAACCUUUGCCCAUUCCAGACAGUAUUGUCCAGAGGGUGCCGCCGAUUUGCCCCGUGAGACGCAGCAAAAGCUUCCCCAACGAAAGCGAAACGACAGAUCACGCAGCCGAGCUCGAGGACUUCCUCUCCUCCAGAUCAGGCGUGACAGAGCUCUCUAUGGACAAGCCGGAGUCCGAAGAAGAAGAGGACCACUGGAAGGACGCAUCUCCUGUCACGCCCACCUGCAGUCCAACGAAACAUCCACCCAAGCCUCCUCAGGCAGACAAACCUGUAAAAACCGUGGAAGUCGAGGUACACGACUUCCAGCCGACCAGUCCUCUGGAAGGAAAAGACGUCAUCAUAAUUGACAGCGGUGCCACACCGCCUAGCAAGAAGAUGGCGAUGAAGUACAACCAAGAAGUGACCACUGGCGUGGAGAAAGUAGCCCCUAAGGUGAAAUUAAAGAGAGAACCAGUGAUAGAAGUGGGCGAGUCAUCGCAGAAAGUGCCUGAAACCACGAGUCAGCCAUCGACGUCCACUGAGAAGCGUGCAGACUCUGACAAGAGAAGAACCCUCAGGCGAAUGGACUCGGAGGAACGCAUGUCCGUGUCGAAAGAGGCAGUGAGCAAGGGUGACAUGGCCGAGAAGGGUGCUAAGAAGAAGAUCUUGAAGAGGAAGGAGCACGAUCGAAGAUCCUCUAGGAGAAAAAUAGACGAAGAGGAAGAACCGUUCGAAGAAGCUUCCAGAAUGGAGUUCGAAGACUCCAGAAGAAGAAAGGACAUGGAAGACGCACCGAUCAGGUCCAGGGAAGAGAGGAAGAGCCUCAGGGAACAGGAGUGUAUCGAAAGAGUGACGGAAUUCCUGACGAAGCACAGUGUGCUGACCUAUUCUGACAUGGCUCUUGGCAUCGAGCAGGACCUGGACAUGCAACAGCCUCUGGAUAUCAAGGAACAACGAAUCACACGUCCAUCUAGUCUUAUAGAGCCUCAGGAGGAACCCCUUCAAGCUGUCUUAAAGGAAGAACCAGUAGCAAGAACGAAAAGAGAGCCUAUAAAGAGGUCAGAGGAGCUUGUCAAGACACCCUCUUCGGUGGAAUCAGAGAAGUAUGUACCUGCAGCAGUUAAGAUGACUGUUGUGACGCCAGACAAGCCUCCAGGUGGCAGUGAAGAGGUUAAAACGUCAGUGACGAGUCCAGAGAUAGAGGUCCCCACGACCAAACGCAGGAGUUCGAUGAGAAAGAGACCUGGAGCCUUCUCUAGGGAGUCUUCCAGGGAAUCCUUGCUGGAUGACACGAAGAAGGAAGUCAGGAUACAGGAGAACGUCGAGGAAAUCUUCUUUGAAGACACCAGUGAACAGAUCUCCGGAGUCCUACCCGAGGUGCAGCUGGUGAAGGCUAGAAUCAUCACUGCUGAGGAAGCAGCUGCCAAUAGGGUAGAGGAACCGAUGAAAAUCGAGAUUCACUCGCCACCAGAGGUAGUAGUAGUCUCUGAUUCUGUUAGAGUAAAGACUGGAAGGGUUCCUUCUCCGGAAACCGUGGACAUGUCUCAGCUGCACUCGCUCAGUCUAGCCAAGUCCACGUCCGAGAAUACUUUAGUUGACACCGGUGACAGGAUCGGUGAGAAGAAUAAGAUUUCCGAGAGGAACCUCAAGGCUGAGAUCCUCUUGGACUUGUCCAAGGUCUCGGACAUGGGUGACGACGAGGAAUCCAUCGAUGGAGAGAAGAAGGAGAAGAGACUGACCAGGACUGGCAGCGAGGGCUCGAAGAGGCCCGGAUCGAAGGGCCAGAUCAGGGCGAAGGAACGAAGUGAGUUUAAGAUUGGAAGCCUGGCGCAACCGGAUGAACCGGAACUGACCAUCCUGUUGGAGAACGCGGGGGUAGAGAGGAGGAGGAACGUUGACGAUGACAGGGAUAGCUUGGUGGAUUAUGGCGUGGAGAAAGUGAUCAGAAGGCCAGGGGACCCGGAGGCGGAGGCUGGCUCGAGGCUAGCAGCUGACCAGGAAGUCGAGCUUCCUUCGAAGAAGCCCCACGAGCAAGACCACAGGCACGAGGAACUCGCGGAACUUCGCUUGGAGGAGGAUCGAAGAGACUGGAGACCGGACGCCAGGGAUUAUGACAGGUCCCUGUGGCAGCAGAGACGUCCACUGCUGGAAGAGGCAGUCCCUUUCAGGCCGGAUGAGGACAACAGCCUGAUCAGCAAGGAGCACUCGUUGGAAUAUCAGAGCCAGACCCUAGAGAGCCAACAGUCCGAGCACCUACUGCUCUCAGCUUCCUUGGAGAGUCUCCUGAGGACGGUUCCGGAUAGCUGGUCCGGUCAGCAGCUUGACAGAAGCGUCGCGGAAUCGGAGCGUAGCUUCAAGGAGACCCAGUACUCACCCAAAGAGAAGCGCGACGCGGAGACACAGACCGAGCAGGAGACAAAGAGCACUCAGUGCAGUCCUGAGCAGAGCAUCGUCAGUCCCUCUGAGUUGUCCACUGAGAGUCCUCUGUACAUCGCGAGGAAAUACUACCAGAGUCCACGGAGAGAGGUGCAGACUCAGACUCAGGGGGAGAGCAAGAGUGUCCAGUGCUGUUUGGACGAGCUAGGUAGCCUUUCUAGGGCGUCAGACUUUGGUGAUUCCUUCGACAGUCCGUCUAGGUCCGAGAGGAGCUACGUGAAGGAGUCUAAGAGCAUCCAGUGCAUCCCUGCUGACAUUCCGAGUAGCCUUGGCAAGGUUGCAGACAGUGCAGCUCUAUCGUUGGAUCAGGACAGGCCUUUCCGAAGUCCACGGAGGGAAGUCGAGGUCCAGACGUAUCAGGAGUCGAAAGCGAUCCAGUGUAGCGAUGAUGAGCUUCUAGAAGAGCUCGGUGGACCGGUCAGUCAGUCGGAAGCUGUCAGACACCAGAGGGCUGAGAGUUCUGGCUCGUCGAGUUGCGGUGGUUCGCCUUGCAAGCUUCCAACACUGGUGUUCGUGGAGGAACGGGCAGACAUGACGGUCACGCAACGGGAUCACGACGGGAACGUGAGCUGGUCGAAGCAUUGGGGCCCCGGGAGGCUGGUGGAGAUCUACAGGGAGCCGAAAACCAGCCUGGGUCUGAGCAUCGUCGGUGGAAAGGUCGACCUGCACAAUGGCAGCUCCAGUAAGUCACAGAACAUAUCCGGGAUAUUCAUAAAGAACGUGUUGCCGAAUAGUCCCGCCGGAAGGACCGGCGAGCUGAAGAUCGGGGACCGCAUAAUCGAGGUCGAUGGCGUGGACCUGCGACACAGCACGCAUGAACAGGCGGUGGAGGUCAUCCAAGCCGCCGGAAAUCCUGUCUGCCUCCUCGUCCAGUCCCUGGUGCAUCUGAACAGCGAGCAGGACGGGGAGGGGGAGGAGGCGAGCAGACAAGGAAAAAAGCAGAACGUCAGAAGUCGAUUACCCGGAACACCCACAGCAUCCUUUCGUCAGAAGGCUUCGCCAGUCUCGCCCGUCAGGUCCAGCACGCCGGAAGUGACACAGGGAGGAACCGAAGACGGAGAGAAGCAAAGUAGUUCAAGAUCAGAUUUUAGGAGACAAAGUACAAGACCUUCAGAUGGCGCGGGAUCCAGCGUGCGAAGAUCCUCCAUGAAAAAGUCGAUUCGCAAGAAGGCGCCAUCACCGCCUUCAAAUCCUGGCAUACUGCGAGAAGUGAGCGAGGAGAAGGAGGAUGCGCCGAAACCGGAAGAGCCGCCAAGGCGGAAGUAUUCCUCAGACGAGAGCUCGGAGGAAGACACGCGGGAGCUCGAGGGUAACGUGUACACCAAGGCUGGCAUGGAGAUAUCGAGAAAAAGCGCCGGGAAUGUGAAACGCACGAAAGCGGAAAUUGACGCGGAUCCGGAGCAGGAGGACGAGUUUGGUUACACGAGUAUGAAAAUUCAGAAGAAAUACCAUUCGAUGGGACACAAGGUGAUGCUAGUGAAGGUAGAAAAGGACAGGCGCGGCUUGGGUAUCUCAUUGGCGGGACACAGGGAUCGAAACCGGAUGGCAGUGUUCGUAUGUGGCCUUAAUCCAAAGGGGGCAGCUCACAAAACUGGCGAGAUUUCCGUUGGCGACGAGAUACUCGAGGUCAAUGGCUGCGUUCUACAAGGACGGUGUCACUUGAAUGCAUCUGCCAUAAUUAAAGGAAUGGCUGGCACCUGUUUCAAAAUUGUUGUCCUACGGAGGAGCGCCGCUCUUGAUGACAUCGCUGUCAAACCAAUUGUUCAAUUUCCUCCUACACUGGACGAUUCCGACAUGUUCAGCCAAUACAAAGGAGUCCGUAACAUAUCAGUGAAAAAGGGCCAGUACGGUUUGGGCAUAAUGAUCAUCGAGGGAAAGCACGCAGAGGUCGGCCAAGGUAUAUUCAUCUCAGACAUCCAAGAAGGCAGCGCCGCUGAGCAGGCUGGUUUGCAAGUGGGUGACAUGAUCCUCGCUGUCAACUUGGAUUGUUUGCUGGGCUCUACUUACGACGAGGCUACGAGUCUUUUGAAGAAAGCAGAGGGUGUUGUGACGCUCACAGUGUGCAACCCUAAUCAGAGCAAAGUGGCGAAAGAAGAGGAGGAUAAGGCGAAAGGCAUUGUUCCUGAGCCUCAACCUGUGGCACCCAAGGAGCCAGAGAAGCCACCAGAACCAGAGGCACCUCAGGAUCCAAAAGAUUGCAAAAUCGUGACUGGCAAAGAUACAACGAUAGAGUUCCAGAAAGACAAAGAUAAAGGCAUUGGCUUCAUCAUAGCUGGUGGUUCUGACACGCCACUGAAAGGAGUGUUCAUCGUCGAGGUGUUUCCUGACGGAGCAGCUCACAAAGAUGGCAGAUUACAAGCUGGAGACCAGAUACUCGACAUGUGUAAUCAGCCUUUCAAAGAGAUGGAGCAUGACAAAGCUCAUGCUGCAGUGUUGAAAGCUUCAGGAACUAUCACAAUGGUGGUUCAUCGACAUGAGAAAGGAGAAGAGGAAAUCGAGGUGGAAUUACAGAAGAAGUCAGGCAAAGGAGCUGGUCUCUGUUUGACAGGAUACAAGAGUGGAAAAGGAGCAUAUGUCUCAGACCUGUUGCCUGGUGGUAGCGCCUUGGAAAGCGGAAAGAUCUGCAAAGGCGACCGAGUGGUGGCAGUUGGUGGCCAAGAUGUUCGCGAGGCACCUGUAGAGGAUAUCGCGGUUCACGUGAAAGUUUCCAAUCCGGUGCAAUUGAAAUUGACAAGGUUCAAGUCUGCUAAGCAAUGACAGGGUUCUGCAGGCGGAACUCCAAAAGCAAGAAUUCGGGCGGCAAUUCCCAUCAGACACCAUGGACUCUAGUGUGAUAUAACUGACUAUACCAAAGUAACUAUAAAUACCGUUUACCGCAUAAGUAACGCUAAUUCUAGAAGAACAAACGACGAGAAACCAAAGAACGCGAUCCAAAUGCAAUCGAGAACUCUGCAUAACCGAUCGGGAAAUUUCGUCACGCGUUUAGCUAAGAUUCCUUCGGAUUCAAGACGUUUCCAAUGUCACACGCGAUUUUAUAGCAGAAACAGCCCUGUCUCGAAUACCAAGUCGACAAGUCUGUACGUCGAUAUCGGCCAUCGUCAUGAUUCCGUCUGCGAACAUCCGACGUGUAGUCGAUUCGAAUAUUCGCGACACCCGUUAUAUACACUUAUUAGAAUUAACGACACAGAGUAUUUAUGCAGUUAGAGCGUCAUUAUAUUGUAAUAGCCACGUGGACGUAUAUCACGGUGAACGUUUCGUGAAAGAGGUCGAAACUCGAGAAAAAGUUUUAAUAUUCGAGAUAAUCUGAUCGAUUUCAAGAUGGAGGUCAGAUGGAAUCGAUCCACCCAUCUUUCUCGAGCUACCUUCCCUUUUAACGAAAAGAUUGGUAAAGCAAGAUUGGAAAUAAUAAACAAAACAAUUGGACAGAUUCGACAGAAAUUCCAGGCAAUUGAUCGAUUUUUGAAAAUUCAAGGAGAGGGUGAGAAUAAUUUCAAAAAUAUCAGCGAGUUGCGGGAAAAUAUUUUUCUUCCCAAUUUCACUCUGAAAGGAGUAAUAAGUUGAGAUUAA